GUCCUCAUUGAGCAAGCCAGGCACGUCGAUGCUCCCCUACUGCCGAGGCAAGUGGAGACAGACGCCAUACCCAGGCUUAGCCAGGGACUGAUGUGAGACCCGGCGAAGAUGGCGUACACACAGUUGGAACCAAUAAAUGAGGGCCUGUUGUCUAGACUCUCGGAUCUCUUGCUGUGCAGAUGGACUUGCAGGAAUUGCUGUCAGAAGUGUUACGACUGUAGCUGUUGCCAGUCGAGCGAAGAUGAAGUGGAAAUCCUGGGGCCCUUUCCAGCACAGACGCCUCCUUGGCUGGUAAGCAAUCGAAGUGAUGAGAAAGAUGGAGAUUCAGAUAACGCCACGACGAGUGAGCCUCCCCCGACGCCUCAGGACAGAAGGAGGUCCUCCUCAGAUACGUCUAGGUCCACUUACAGCCUCACAAGGCGAAUUUCGAAUCUGGAGCUGAGGCGGCCGAGUUCCCCGUUAAUCGACAUUAAACCCAUUGAGUUUGGAAUUUUAGGAGCCAAAAAGGAGAUAGUCCAGCCUUCCAUCCUGAGGAAACCCUACACUUCGGAUGACUAUUUCAGGAAGUUUGAGCCGAGACUCUAUUCCCUUGACUCUAAUAGUGAUGAUGUGGACUGUCUGACGGACGAGGAGAUGUUGGCUAAGUACCAGUUGGGCAUGCUGCAUUUUAGUACGCAGUAUGACCUCUUGCACAAUUACCUAAUUGUAAGGGUCAUCGAGGGCAAAGAUCUGCCCCCUCCUAUUUCCUAUGAUGGCUCCAAGCAGGAUAUGGCUCAUUCAAACCCUUACGUGAAGAUCUGCCUCCUUCCAGACCAGAAGAACUCCAAGCAGACGGGAGUGAAGCGCAAAACCCAGAACCCCGUGUUUGAGGAGAGGUACACCUUUGAAAUCCCAUUUUUGGAAGCCCAGAGGAGGACUCUGCUCUUAACCGUAGUGGAUUUUGACAAAUUUUCCCGUCACUGUGUCAUCGGGAAAGUGUCUAUGCCCUUGAGUGAGGUGGACCUUGUCAAAGGUGGCCAUUGGUGGAAGGCGCUGGUCCCCAGUUCUCAGAAUGAAGUUGAGCUGGGAGAACUCCUGCUGUCCUUGAACUACCUUCCCAGUGCAGGAAGACUGAACGUAGAUAUCAUUAGGGCAAAACAGCUGCUUCAGACAGACAUGAGCCAAGGCUCAGAUCCCUUCGUGAAAAUCCAGCUUGUCCAUGGGCUAAAGUUGGCAAAAACAAAGAAGACUGCUUUCAUGAAGGGUACAAUAGACCCCUUCUACAACGAGUCCUUCAGUUUCAAGGUCCCACAAGAAGAGCUCGAAAAUGCCAGCUUAGUGUUCACAGUCUAUGGGCACAAUGUGAAAAGCAGUAAUGAUUUCAUUGGGAGAAUCGUGAUUGGUCAGUACUCGACAGGCUCUCCAGAAUCAAAGCACUGGCGACGAAUGCUCAAUUCCCACCGGACAGCUGUGGAGCAGUGGCACAGUCUUCGGUCGAGAGCAGAGUGUGACCGUGUCUCACCGGCAUCUCUGGAAGUAACGUGAGGCCAACAACAGCGAUUCAGCUACAAGCCAAUAUACAACAGAAGUCAUCCAUGUGCGCGCGCACACACAUAAUCACCAUGGAC